AGCCACAGCUGUGGAGUAAAAGCUGUUCCUCAGUCUGUUUGUUCUGGUUUCUGAACUGUUUGUCGGACAGCAGCAGGUCAAACAGGGAGUGGCCAGGCAGGAGAGUAACCAUGGAUGUCGUCUCCUCGCUGGUCCGCCCUCUCCUUCUCCUCCUCGUCUUCGUCCUCCUGUCCUCCCUCCCCUCCUGUUCUCCCUCCAUGCUGUGUCCAAAACGGUGCACCUGCCAGAACCUGCUGCCGUCCUACACGGUGCUGUGUGCCAAGACGGGUCUCCUCUUCGUCCCGCCCAACAUUGACCGCCAGACGGCCGAGCUCAGGCUGAUGGACAACUUCAUCACGACGCUGAGGCACCGCGACUUCGCCAACAUGUCCAGCCUGAUACAUCUGACCCUGAGCAGAAACACCAUCAGUCAGAUCCGGCCUUACGCCUUCGCUGACCUCCAGGAUCUCCACGCUCUCCACCUGGACGCCAACCGCCUCACCACCCUGGACGACUCCCAUUUCCAGGGUCUGGUUAACCUGCGGCACCUCAUCCUGGCCAACAACCAGCUGCACAGCAUAUCAGAGGGAGCCUUUCAGGACUUCCUGGAAACGUUGGAGGACUUGGAUCUGAGCUACAAUAACCUGGUGGACAUCCCCUGGGAGACCAUCGCCCUGCUGGUCAGCGUCAACACCCUCAGUCUCGACCACAACCUCAUAGAGAGCGUCCCCGAGGGAAUCUUCUCCAAUCUACAUAAACUGGCCAGACUGGACAUGACGUCCAACAAGCUGAAGAAGAUUCCUCCGGACCCGUUGUUCCUGCGGAUUCCAGUGUACGCUAAGAUGAAGGGCUCUCCUCUGACGGCGCUGGUGUUGAGUUUUGGUGGGAACCCUCUCCACUGUAACUGCGAACUGGUCUGGCUCCGCAGACUGACCAGGGAGGACGACUUGGAGACCUGCGCUUCACCUAGAGACUUGGCUGGCAAAUACUUCUGGACCAUUAGAGAGGAGGAGUUUGUCUGCGAACCGCCGAUGAUAACCCGUCACACCUCCAAGAUGUUUGUGAUGGAGGGUCAGGAGGUCAGCCUGCGCUGUAAGUCCAUCGGAGAUCCUGAACCUUCGACACACUGGGUCAGCCCUGAUGGAAAGCUGAUCGGCAACACGACCAGAACCAUUUGCUACGAGAACGGCUCGCUGGACAUCCUCAAGGCCUCCGUCAAGGAUUCUGGAAAGUUUACGUGCAUAGCGUCUAACGCAGCUGGUGAGGCCACAGCUCCUGUUGAGUUAGUUGUCAACCCUUCACCACAUUUUGACCCCAAACUGGACCCCGACCCGGGGCCGUCAGACAUCCCCACGUCCAUCAAGUCCAACAUCAGCGGGGGCCAGGCCCGGUCCGACCAGCAGAGGGUCAGCGUGUCGGAUCUAACGUCCAGCUCUGCUACCAUCAGAUGGCCCCCACAGAACCACAUACCAGGGGUCCGCAUGUACCAGAUUCAGUACAACAGCUCCACCGACGAUAUACUUAUAUAUAGGAUGAUCCCAGCCAACCACAAGUACUUCCUGCUGAGUGAUCUGGCGUCGUCGCGGGACUACGAGCUGUGUGUUUUGGCCGUCUACGAUGACGGCAUCACGGCCCUGACGGGCACCAAGCUGGUGGGCUGCGUGUCCUUCACCACGGAGACCGAGUACGGACGCUGUCACUCUCUACGAGACCAGUUUCUCGGCGGCACCAUGAUCAUCAUCAUCGGGGGGAUCAUUGUGGCCUCCGUCCUCGUCUUCAUCUUCAUCCUCCUGAUGAAGUACAAGCUGCACAGUAACCACUACAAACAGAAAGCUGUGGCUCGCCACGCCAACGUCUGCUCCCAGACCAAUGGAGGAGGAGGAGGAGGAGGAGGAGGAGGUGGCGGCACCAACAUUCUCGCUCUGCCUCCAUCCUCCUCCUCUGCAGGGCAAGGUGGAGGUGCUAAUAAAAACUCCCAGCCAUCUUCUUCAAUGGAGGGAAUGGGAGGAGCUUCUCUCCGAGGGACGACUGUAGUGGACUUAAAUCCUGCCCAUGACGAUGACACCAUCUCCCAAUAACACACAAGAAACUGUCAGUCAAACCCACAACCCACCAAUCUCUAAGCCCAAACCAAUACUCCACCUCCCUCCCCCUUAUUUUUGAUUUGUUGCUGGUGCCUGGAGCCAAACUCCACUUUACGCUGAGGAGCGGCUCCUGUCAUUGAUUUACUUACAUUCAGCUUCACAGUGCUGGAGGGAAAAGAGGCGGGAGAGAGGUGCCCCGGUAGAUUGCAUGGUCACAUCCUUCUGAUGAGCCCCCAAAGUAAAAAGUACUCGACCCAGAGAUGCACCCCACACCUCCCCUCUGACACCACCUCAUACCUGAACCAGACAGGAUGUGAUGUGAACAUCCUGCAGGCAUGCCAGAGGAGAGGAUACGGAGCAGAGAAGCAAUAUCUCACCUGUCGAUAUGCAAAGGUCUCCGCAGUGCUGAGAUCGGACAUGUUUGGAUACAGGUCAGGCUCUGGGUGUUAAACCCCCGCUCUUAUAUGGUGCUUAACUGGGGCUUGAAACACUGGAUCAGUGGAAUCAGAGUGAGAACAUGGUUUCUUCUUUUCUGAAGGAAGUAUCCAGUAAUCAGACGGGGGGCUCUAAAGGGUGGAUUCAGUAUCUGCAUUUGGAAUCUGGACAGACACUAAAUGCCGCUCUGGGAAUAUGGAAUAUGGAUUACUGUGACAUGUUUCCUGGAUGUUCGGUGGCACCGCUCUUCUCUUUCCCCAGCAUACAGUCAUAUGCCAAAGGAUUACUACAGUAUUACGACAGCAUUAUUACGAUAUCGGGAGAAUAUGCAGACUUCCGGAAAGCACACCUUCUCUAUUAACUCUUAGCAGUCAAAGAGAUAAAUACAUGUUGGGCCUUGGAUUGAGAAUACGAGCACAUUGUCAACGUCUUGUCUCAAAGCAUCAAUAAUAACAAACUGUUAAAACUACAGUGAACUUUUUCUGGCACUUUAAUCGUCUGUUUUCAUCUCAUCUCUCUUCCCCCUCCUUCCCUCUCUUUCUCUCUCUCUCUCUUUCUCUUUCUGUCUCUCUCUUUCUCUCUCUCUCUUUCUCAUCUUCAUGAACAACUGAAUAGUAUAUUCUCCAGUAUUACCAAUCUAACUCUUUUGGCUGCGGAUGACUUAGGUAAUGUUGAAAUAAUCAAUGUGUUUGCGUCAAUGGUGGAUUGGUUCUCUAUAUGUCGGAGCAUUAAAAAAAGAAAAAAAAAACAAAAAACAAAAAAAACGUUGGUGUCCCGAGGACGGAGCCUUGAGGAACACCAGCUGGGAUUUAUUCAACGCCAAACCUUAAAGCACACACUUCCGGCUCUACAUUUGAUGGUGAAAACGGUGAAUUCUGAUGUUCUGUUUGACACUGGAAAGCAACUGUACCCGUACGAAACACUGGUGAACUUGACCAUAAGUGUUCCUACUACUAAAAGCUGGCAGAUCGUUAAAUGUAUUAAGCGGUUUUAAAAGAUGGCCAGCAGAACUUGCGCU